UACACACUGCAACACACGUAACAAAAAUCAGUACAAAGAAGCAUUAGAAAUAAGUGUCAAAAGUUAGAAAAUAACCAGAAAUAGAGAAGAAUUCAAUCAAUAGGUUUGCCCAGGAAAGUGACAAAAUGUUGCCCCACAUAAGCGCCGACGAGGGCCAGCCAUCCAUGACGCGGAAGGUGUACAUUAAUCCCAAUUUCCAACUGCAAGGUCAAACUGCGCAUCAGCUGCCGUUCCAGGUGCCCUUCCAGGCGCCCUUCCAUGCGCCCCCGCAGUCGCAGCCCGCCAUUCACAUCAAUCCACACUUCCUGCAGCGACAACGGGCCAUGUACGAGCAGUUCCAACGGGAUCAGCAGGAGCUCCUGCUGCAACAGGUUUCCGCCUCCUAUUACCAACCGGAUUAUCCAUUGCAUCCGAAUUCUGUUGAGGCCACGCCACCUCCUCCGCCCGCUAAGAUCAUCAACAAAGCGAGCACAUGUCUUGUGCGCAAGGCUCCAGUGAGGUCCGUUGCUCCUCCGCCCGCUAAGAUCAUCAACAAAGCGAGCACAUGUCUUGUGCGCAAGGCUCCAGUGAGGUCCGUUGCUCCUCCGCCCGUUCAACCGUCUUCUAGCCUCGUGCAGCCUCCUCUGGUAAGCAUUUCCAAGCGGAAGAUUGUGCGUCAAGGAGCUGCAAAUGCCGCGUCAGCGGUUAAUGCCUCCCAUCCUCCUCCUCCUGUGCCAACUGCCAAGCGCACCAGGUACAAGCUAGUGCGCUCCAUAUCGCUGACAUGUACACCUCUGGUCAAGAAGCGUCGUCCUCUGCGUGAGUUUGUGGCCCAGUACGCCCUGAGACGCACCAACGAAGCAGAGCCCAAAAAGAAGUUGAGCUCCAAGCCACAGGUGCUGAAGCUGGGCGUCAACAAAUCCCUCAGCAUGGUUAGCAUACACGGCGUGAUGUACAGGAAGAUAUCGAAGAACAAGAUAACCAAGGUGGAUGCCAGCUCAGCAAGGAUAACCAAAUCGGAAACUCCGAGGACCCUCAAGCGUUCCGUUUCCGGCAGAACGCUAUUCGUUAGCGGCAACAAGUUCAUCUUAGAUCCAUCCGGCUGCCGUUUGACCAGAGUUCCACCUUCAGCAACCGCUGCUGCUGCUGCUUCCCAGAUGAUCGUGAAUCGAAGCAUAUUGCGGCGCAUCGAUAUUGGCGGCCUUACCUAUGUGGCUUCGCCCAAGACCCAGAAUGUCUUCAUACGCACCAGCAAUCACGUGUCGCGAGCCCACCUGAUCACCGCCAGGCAGAGAAGUCUGACGCUGCUCAACAAGUCGCUGGUGAAGACCAACGUGCCAUGUGCCAUUUUCCAGAAACUGGGCAAGUGCGCUGCCCACAGCCGUGGCAAGUGUCGCAAGCUGCACGACAAGCGGCAGGUCGCCAUCUGUGUCAGCUUCCUGCGCGGCGAAUGCACCAAGGCCAACUGCCUGCUCUCGCACAAUAUCACCCUGGAGAAGAUGCCCGUGUGUCGGUACUAUUUGCAAGGCGUCUGCGUCCGCGAGGAUUGCCCCUAUCUACACAAGAAGCUCAGCAGGAAGGCUGAGAUCUGCAUUGACUUUGUGCGCGGCUAUUGUCCGCUGGCUGCCGAGUGCAACAAGCGUCACGAGUUUGCCUGCCCGGAGUUGGAACGCAAGGGCAAGUGCGAGUUGUCCAAGUGCGUUUUCUGCAAGAAGCCGCCAUCGAAGCGGUUGGUCAAGUCCCGUCCUAAAGCGGGAGUUAAACCUCUCGGCAUUCCGAAGAUCACGAAAGCGCCAGCCAAGGAGGAGGAUUUGCCCACUACAUCACGAUACUUUAGGUGCGAAGGCGAGAAGGUGGAAGCAACAAUACCCAACAAUGUCGCGGAGAAGGAAGAGCCUGAAGUGAAGAAAGAGGACCCAGCGGAAGCGGAAGCCAUAAGCGGCUUUCGCAGACGACCAAAACUUGGGACCUUGCCCGCUUUUAUUCCCCUGGGCGGCGAAAAGGAAUUGUAAAGCAAUGUGAGACGACUUGGACCCAACGUUUCAGGUACAAAUUAAUUUGGUUAAGUAUCGUAUUAUCGUUUAUUCUAAGAUAUAACUUAAGUAGUUUACGUUCAAUAUUCAAUAAAAAAUAAAGACCAAUUUAUUUGAGUA